AUGUCUUCUCUAUUGCCACGAGAGGGGCUGACAUUGGAAGCGCUCUACUCGCCCAUCUACCAUACUGUCUUUCAACCCCUUUUCACCCGACCCGUACUAUAUGGCCUUCUCAGAUUCCCUUUGCUGGUUGAGAAGUGGUGUGGAACACCACGUCUCGGAUAUAUGUCUACUCUGAAAGUCAUCGGUAUCCUCUUUUUGCUUGGCCUGCUCGACCGUCUGAACAAAUGGCUCUCAAGGUUGGCACUGAAUGGUUAUACAAAGGAUCCAACCUGGAACUGGAAGAAGGAAGUCAUCGUGGUAACUGGCGGCACCAGUGGCAUCGGUGCUAAGCUUGCGUCGAAGCUCAGCGGGGGCGGGUCAACGGUUAUUAUACUAGAUGUUAACCCUCCCUCGAGGAUGAUGGCGAAAAAUAUGCAUUAUUACACCCUCGACAUAACAUCUUCCGCCGACGUGGAACGAGUCGCAGAUGAAAUCCGCCAAAAACACGGAAACCCAACUGUGCUAAUCAACAACGCUGGGAUCGGAUCAGCCAAGCUAAUCCUCGACCAGCCCGUGGACGCGACUCGAAAGACGUUCGACGUCAACAUUCUCGCGCACUUUGCAUUGGUAAAGCAAUUCCUGCCUGCAAUGAUCGAGUCCAACCACGGCCAUAUCGUCACGGUGGCAAGCAUGGCAUCAUUCAUGACCCAGGCGCAGAAUGUCGACUACGCCUGCACAAAAGCCGCAGCAUUGGCCUUCCACGAAGGACUAGGGCAGGAACUUAAACAUCGAUAUGGUGCUCCGAAAGUUCGAACAACUGUUGUUCAUCCAUCCUGGAUCCGUACCGCCCUCAUUGAGAGGCUUACCAAGUCUUCGGAUUUUAAUGAGUUCUUGCUCGAGCCGGAAACUGUCGUCGAUGCAAUCACCAAACAGCUCUAUUCUGGUUACGGGGGGCAGAUUAUCCUUCCCGGGAGACUGAACAUAUUUUCUGGUGCGAGGGGUUUCCCUUCCUGGCUUCAGGAGUUCCUUCGUGGGGGGAUGGCCAGGACGCUGGAGACAGCAGGCCGUUAG